AUGUUUCCAAGCAAUAUAUGCCUUGGGAUUAUUUUCCUCUCUGAGACUGGAAUUGGGAUCUUGGCAAAUAUCUUCCUCUUGUCUCUUCAUAUUUUAAAAGUCCUUGCUAAUCACAAGAUGAGACCCAUAAACCUGAUUUUUACCCAGUUGAUCUUGGCCAAUGUCACCAUGCUUGCUAGUAAGGGUAUCCCACAAACAUUGUUGGUUUGGGGGUGGAACAAUUUCCUGGAUGAAGUUGGGUGUAAAAUUAUGUUUUCCCUUUGCAAAAUAAGUCAAGGACUUUCUAUUUCCUUUACCUGCCUCCUUUGUACCUUUCAAGCAAUCACCAUUAGUCCCAAUGACUGCAGGUGGGCAGAGUACAAAGCCCGAGCCUCGGAGUAUAUUGCUCCCACUUGUCUCUUAUUUUGGAGCCUCAAUCUUUUGAUAGAAAUUCCUGUUCCAGUAACUGUAAGAAGCCAAAGGAUCAGCACCAACAUUACACAUAGGAUGAAUAUCAUGUCUUGUUCUUUUGGAAGGUUUCUGAAGAUUUAUUUGAUCAUGACCACUCUCAGAAAUGUGCUCUUUGUAGGACUCAUGGUCUGGACCAGUGGCUACAUGGUACUUCUUCUGUAUAGACACCACCAACUGGUUCAGAACAUGCGUAGCACCAGCCUCUCUCCCAGAGCCUCCCCAGAGGUCAGAGCAACCAAGAACAUCCUGGUGCUUGUAAUCUUCUUUGUCUGCUGUUAUUUAUUUAACUCCAUGUUUGUGCUUUGUUUCCAUUAUGGAGGUCAAAGAGGUGUCUGGCUGCUGCCCACUUCUGCUUUUAUGUCUCUCUCUUUUCCAAUGCUUAGCCCUUUUGUUUUGAUUCCCCAAGACCAUCAUCCUUGCUGUGUUUUCUGGACAAGGAAACAACACAAUCCUCCUUACUGA